CUAGAAUUUGUAUUGCGCCUAUUUUUUUUUAGCUUGGACCCACUUUUCUAAACAUUUUCUAAACAAACCUAAGCUCCUAAUCUUCACCAGAUGUUUCCAUCGAUGCCUGCACAUCUCAUUCAAAGAAAUUUAUAAGCCUCCGCCCAAGGACUUAGAGGACUACAGCUACGGGGUCUAGUUUUCCCUGGAAAGUCAUCUUAGGGAACAGCAACCACCUGCUCACCCGGCGAUGGUGUCCGGCAGAUCUCAUGCGGCCGACAGCCCGGUUGGGCCAAGCAACCGGCUGGCCGUGUGCCUCAUCCACUUUGUCCUGGCAGUCACGUCCGGCUGGGGCUUGAAGCGAAGCACUGGCCGCCAGGCGAUGGCAGCUUUCGGGAUAUUCUUCGGCCACAGUCUGCUCUGUCUGCUGCGGCACACACACCCGAAUCCGGGUCACCUUCAGCGGCUGCUGUGUGACAAGUCGCGGCGCUACUCCUCCGUGCUCUUCGUCACCCUCAUCGUAGGAGAACUCCAGGCCAUCAACCCAACGACCAAAAUUGGCGAGUUCUUCGGCGCCGACUGGGACAGACUGGCCUUUGGACUCUGGACCGGCACCCUGGCCCUGGCCAUCGGUAGCCUCUGGACGGCCGGCAACCGCGGCAGCUCCAUCGGCGCCGGCUUCGUCAAGCUGGAUGCCGCCCACUUGGGCCUGUGCGUCCUGUGGAACGUCUACUGUUUGUGGCACAUUGCCGUCGUGGACGAGCACUGGUGGUCCCUGGGCCUGGCCCUGCUCGUCCUCCUGAAUCACUUUGUCCUGUGGCGCCUGCCGCUGCACUUCAACAUCAGCCAGCUGGAGGUGGCCACCAUCGGCAUGUGCUUCACCACCAUUUUCGCCCUGAACGCCAUCCAGGAGCAACUGGAGGCGGUGGCCAGUGGACUGCCGGGCAUCUAGGCAGAAGUGGCAGCAGGGGCAGGUUUCCUGGUGGCCAAAGACCAAGCACUCAAGUCGCUAUUUCCCUGCAGGGUUUUUCGUUUUUUUAAUUGUAGUUUAAAGUUCAAACCAUGACACCCACAUGGCACAUUAAAGUUUUAAUUUUUUGUUGCAAAUUAAUUGAAUUAAGUAUAAAAAUUAAUAAGAUAAUUGAAAUUUAAGGAGGACUCUGCAGGGAGAGGACGACUUGCUUCUAUUAAUAUUUAUAUUAAAUGUACGUUGUUGAUCACGAAACUUGUAUAGUCAGAAAAUCAAUAAAAUUGAGGAACUUUUUUAA